AUGGCCUCCUUAUUUGCCUCUUGUGUCUCCCACCACUUGGCCCUCACUCCUGAUGAACUCGACACAACACCCUCCCCUGCUGCAUGGUCUUCCGGGGCACAAGUCUUAGUGACUUACGAAUUCUUACCUGCUCCACCCUUUCCCUUUCUGCCCAAUAGCGUCCAGGUUCAUCGGCAGUUUCUGAAACAUGAAAGCAGAGGCGCAGUUGCUCACGGGAGUGGGCAGGAUGUCAAGUGCUCCCUCGGCUACUUCCCCUGUGGGAACAUGACCAAGUGCUUGCCUCAGUUUCUUCACUGUAACGGUGUGGACGACUGUGGGAACCGGGCGGAUGAGGACAACUGCGGAGACAACAGUGGAUGGUCUUUGCAAUUUGACAAAUAUUUUUCCACUUACUACAAAAUGUCUUUACCAUAUUCCUCUGAGGCAGUAACAUCUGAAUGCCUGCUUGGUUCAAUUCCUGUGCAAUGUCUUUGCCGUGGUUUAGAGCUUAACUGUGAUGAGACCAAUUUACGAGAUGUUCCAUCAGUUUCUUCAAAUGUGACUAUAAUGUCACUUCAGUGGAACUUAAUUAGAAAGCUUCCUCCUGACGGCUUCGAGAAGUACCGUGACCUUCAGAAGCUGUGCCUGCAAAACAAUAAGAUUAGAUCCAUACCCAUCUAUGCUUUCAGAGGACUGUACAGUCUUACUAAACUGUAUCUCAGUCAUAACAGAAUAACCUUCUUGAAGCCGGGUGUUUUUGAAGAUCUCCACAGACUAGAAUGGCUGAUAAUUGAAGAUAAUCACCUCAGUCGAAUUUCUCCACUAACAUUUUAUGGACUGAAUUCUCUUAUUCUCUUAGCACUGAUGAAUAAUGUCCUCACCCAUUUGCCAGAUAAACCUCUUUGUCAGCACAUGCCAAGACUGCAUUGGCUGGACUUUGAAGGCAACCGUAUUCACAAUUUAAGAAAUUUGACUUUUAUUUCCUGCAGUAAUUUAACUGUUUUGGUAAUGAGGAAAAACAAAAUUAAUCACAUAAAUGAAAAUACUUUUGCACCUCUCCAGAAACUAGAUGAAUUGGAUUUAGGCGGCAAUAAGAUUGAAAAUCUUUCACCACAUGUAUUUAAGGAUCUGCAGAAGCUCUCACAAUUGAAUCUUUCCUAUAAUCCAAUCCAGAAAAUUCAAACAAACCAAUUUGAUUAUCUUGUCAAACUCAAGUCUCUCAGCCUAGAAGGAAUUGAAAUUUCAAAUAUCCAACAAAGGAUGUUUAGACCUCUUAUGAAUCUCUCUCACAUAUAUUUUAAGAAAUUCCAGUAUUGUGGAUACGCACCACAUGUUCGCAGCUGUAAACCAAACACUGAUGGAAUCUCAUCCCUAGAGAAUCUCUUGGCGAGCAUUAUUCAGAGAAUAUUCGUCUGGGUUGUAUCUGUAGUUACAUGCUUCGGAAACAUCUUUGUCAUUUGUAUGAGACCUUAUAUCAGGUCUGAGAACAAGCUUCACGCCUUGUCAAUCAUUUCUCUCUGCUGUGCCGACUGCCUAAUGGGAAUAUAUUUAUUUGUGAUUGGAGCCUUUGACCUAAAGUUUCGUGGAGAAUACAAUAAGUAUGCACAGCUGUGGAUGGAGAGUAUUCAUUGUCAGCUUGUGGGAUCUUUGGCCAUUCUGUCCACAGAAGUAUCAGUAUUACUUUUAACGUUUCUGACACUGGAAAAAUAUAUCUGCGUUGUGUAUCCUUUUAGAUGUUUAAGACCUGGAAAAUGCAGAACAAUUACAGUUCUGAUUCUCAUUUGGAUUAUUGGGUUUAUAGUGGCUUUCAUUCCAUUGAGCAAUAAGGAAUUUUUCAAAAACUACUAUGGCACCAACGGAGUAUGUUUCCCUCUUCAUUCAGAAGAUACAGAAAGUAUUGGAGCCCAGAUUUAUUCAGUGGCAAUUUUUCUUGGUGUUAACUUGGCGGCAUUUAUCAUCAUAGUUUUUUCCUAUGGAAGCAUGUUUUACAGCGUUCAUCAAAGUGCCAUAACAGCAACUGAAAUACGGAAUCAAGUUAAAAAAGAGAUGAUCCUUGCCAAACGGUUUUUCUUUAUUGUAUUUACCGACGCAUUAUGCUGGAUACCCAUUUUUAUACUGAAAUUUCUUUCAUUGCUUCAGGUAGAAAUACCAGGUACCAUAACCUCUUGGGUAGUGAUUUUUAUUCUGCCUAUCAACAGUGCUUUAAACCCAAUUCUCUAUACUCUGACUACAAGACCAUUCAAAGAAAUGAUCCAUCAGUUUUGGUAUAACUGCAGACAAAGAAGAUCUAUUGACAGCAAAGAAAGCCAGAAAACAUAUGCUCCAUCGUUCAUCUGGGUGGAAAUGUGGCCGCUGCAGGAGACGCCAUCUGACUUAAUGAAGCCAGCUCUUUUCACAGACCCCUGUGAAUUGUCACUAAUUUCUAAAUCAACUAGACUCAAUUCCUAUUCAUAA